UUGUACAUUUUACUACAAUUUUUAAUACACCUUCAUUAUGUUUCACAAUAGCUUUGAAAUGAACAUCCUUUUGUUUUUAGUAAAAGUGAAAUAAAAUAGUGUUAAAUUAAAACAAAGCUUUCAUCGAUCACAGAAACAGUCCUGUCUUCUCAAUCCAUCUUUUGAACCCCGGCCUCUGUGUGCUAUCGCGAAGAUGUCGGCGUUUCGUGGGAUUGUCCCAACGGACAAACCAUAGUGCAAGUCAAGACUAAGGAAAAAUCAAUAGCUCGCACGCACGGUUUGCACAGGCAGCCUAACUCCGUGGGUCUGGGAUAUUAAAAUCGAUAUUCUCUUUGUGGAUCAAUAGAAUAUUUUUUUUUUUUUUUUUUUUGUGAAAAGCGGAUUUCACCUCGACGGUAAUGCGACCCGCAGAUUUUGCCAUUCAAUAUCCGUUCGUGAACUCGCUCUGCCCCGGCGCAAAAAUUAUUUUUGGACCCACUCCAAACCAGAAAUUGCACACACAUGUCUCGCGUCUGGGGCACGGGUUCCAUUUUAACUAAUGCGCUGUCUUGAUAAUUAAAAUCAUUUUUUAAAAACUGAAAUAAAUUUUAAGGAAAAAAAUAUCUUGAGUUAAAACCACUGAAAAGUCACGUUCCGGUUUUUAUGAAUGUCACUCCACGGUGUAAAGUCUAUGUAAUCUCUUCAGUGUGGAGUAAACACCCCCCAGUUGUGUUCGCCAAAGGAAAACGACCUUCGCCAGAUAAUGUGGUCGAGCCGCAUUCUACCAUCCACGCCCUCCAGGGGAAAUACGUCACAAACCAUACGGUGCCUACCCACGACAACAGGCAUUCACGUGGGGGUCGCUGUCCAAUCAGGGGCCGGGAGACCUCUACACGAGGAGCGCGUGACGUCUCAAUCCUUUUAUGGCAGUCACCCUAUUUACUUUAUCGACCCCCACCCUGCCGACGAGUUUCUAGGGUCGGGAUUUUUUCCACAUUUUGGGAAGAGAGAAUUUACCAGUGACGUUUGGCAGUGAAUCAAGAGUGAGGCUAGGACAGGAUGUCCUCGAUCCAGCCGGGCAACACAUCCGAGUGGCAGCUCUACAGGGUUCUACAGAGAAGCAACCUGUUACAGUACUACGACACAUUCAUAGCACAGGGAGGAGAUGAUGUACAGCAGCUGUGUGAAGCAGGGGAGGAGGAGUUUCUGGAGAUCAUGGCUCUCGUUGGAAUGGCGAGUAAACCCCUCCAUGUCCGCAGGCUUCAGAAGGCACUCCAGGAAUUUGUUCAAAACCCAGCAGCCUUCCAAAGCUCUCUACCAGCAUCAUCAUCCCAUGUGUCACCCCAGACAAUCACCACUCCCUCGUCACAUCUAGCAACCAUGGUAACAACAGUCCCUAAGGUAGAACUCUCCCAGCCUGUGUAUCCUACUGUAACCAUGACCACCAGUUCCUCAUCUUCCUCUGUAGGCUGGGCCCCCAGCGUCAGUCCAGGGCCGGCCACCAAUAACUCCAACUCAUCUCAUGAAAGUGACAGCAAAGACCUCUGUACAGAGAAACAGCAGCUGAGGCCAGCUUCCUCCACCUCCCCUACCCCCACUCCCAUCCUGGUGGAGAGUCAAAUAAACGCCAUCGCUCAGGCGGCCGCACGACUUGCCAAAGAAUUGCCUCCCUUCGACAUGAAGAAACUAAACAUGAAGAAACCUAUUAAUAAAGAAAUCAUGCAAUUAAUCAACAGUUCAUCAGAAGAUGAGCCAAACAGAAUGGAGCAUUUACGAAAAUAUGCUGCAAUAUAUGGUCGCUUUGACUCGAAACGAAAAUCAGAGAAGCCAAUGUCAUUGCAUGAGAUAUCUGUGAAUGAAGCAGCAGCUCAGUUGUGCAGACAUAUGCCCACGUUACUGACGAGGCGAGAGGAUCUGUUCCCUUUGGCUCGUCAAGUGGUCCGCGACAGCGGCUAUCAGUACUCAAAAGGACAUUCCAGGGCUUCAGACAUGUUAACUCUGCCGUCCGCCAAGAGAUUGAACGACCUGAUGCUUAGUGGCGUCUCGGGGAGCUCUGGCGGGGGGAAGAAAAAGUUAGACAGCGGGUUUUUACAGAUGUAUGUCAAUCUGUGCGAGAGUAAUCCGGGGAUGGUAAAAAAUCCGGAGGACUCCGAGAAAAUGUCUCGUUUGAUGGCAGAGUUGACUGUUGUAACUCAAAACCAAGAAAUGCUCAAAGCGCAGUUAGUCACAGCGAAAGAAAACAACCAAACGGACCUGGUGAACUCACUUCAGACUCAAAUAGAACAGGCCACCGCCAGUCAACUUCAACUGUACACGGAACAGAGCGAACUCAUUCGCAAACAGAGGAGGUUAACCAUGGGAACAGCAUUUGAUGAUGAUACAGGCUCUGAUUUUCCAAGUGGAGCAUCAUCACCAAAUAAUUCUGGAGAUGGUGAAGAUUUCAACCAACAGAUCAGACAACACCUGUACGCAUCAGGGGAACUGCUCAAAUCUAAACCAGCCAUGCAGAACACCUUAUUUGAUGAAGGAAUGCGAAUAGCCCAGCAAUUUGGUUUGUCGGAUUUUGCAGAAGAGUUGAAGGGUCUGGCAGACACAAGCCCGGAAGAAGAAUCAAAGGGAAUCACAGACCCCGUGAAAAGAAAAGCAAACUCAACGAAUGACAGUGAAAAUGGGGACUUAGAUACAGAGGAAACCUGUAAAAAAUUGCGCCUGGAAGUGAACGGACAAGAAGAGGAGGAAGAGGAGGAGGAGGAAGACAGCUAACUGACGCGUUCUCUAGAGUUUUAUACAUUUACAUGUUGUUAUACUGGUCUCAUUUUGUUUUCUUGUACCUUUGGCAAAGGUAAAGGGAGAUAAUUAAGUUCAUCAUUAAUCAUGUCAUUAAAGAUUUUAUGCCAACAUAUUACUAAUGUACAAUAUCAUCGUGUCAGGGACACAGCAGUGCUAUUUGUUGUAAUCAAUUUACACAACAUUCAUCCUAUUCAAAAUCAGACGGCUGUGAUGUGCAUGUGUUCUAUUUUUAUGUUUAGUAUCCAAGAGAUAUCUCUAUCACAGUCAUUUAAAUGUUUUCAUCAGAUACAUGUACAUGGAAUUUAAGUGCACAUCAAUUUUUUUGUGCGAAAUCUUUUUCUAUGCUAUUCGCAAUAUACCGAUUUUUGAACAUUUUUGAUGGAGAUAAGAUAACACAAAGCAAUAUAAUUUGAUUGUUGAUAAUGAGGCUCUUCUGUCAUCCAUUUCACCUGGGCCAAGUCUUGAUAAAGUACUACUAUGUUAAAUACGUGAUUGUAUGCAUCAGACGGACUUAAACAGACGAUAUUAAUGAUGAUUGUGAAUUCAUGAUUAAAAUGGUUUUGGGGUGCUUUUGAAUCAAAUAUUUGAUAAUCAUGUGCUGAUUCUGUGAAUUAAGUUUGUGUUACAAAUGUGUUAUGAUGAAACAAGAAAUCCUAUGUAUAAGUGUUACAAUAAUUUUAUCUGACAAAAGCAGUUGAUUAGCGAUAGAAUGUAAUGAACUUGUUGUUGAUAAUACUGGCAGUAUAAAAAGCUAAUUCCAAAGGUAUACAUAAUUCUUGGACCAUCUAAUGGUACAGACUUAAAGUAUUACAACGCAAUAUUUCUGUGUCUAACACAAUGGAACAUCGUGCUGUGGUUUGCCUUCGUUAUUUGGGAAGGUGACAGUGGAGGGUGUGAAUGAGGUCAUUCUUUUUACAUUCAGUCGUAAAAACAUGGCAUGUAUAUCAGCAAAUGUUGUCAGAGUUAUACUUAUUAUUAUUUAUUUUCAAUGUUUUCAUUAAAAAAAAGCCAGGAAGCUUA